AUGGCUACCCCCAGUGUUCUUGCAUUUGACACUAAGGGCCGUGCUGUUGACUUUGAGGACUGGGUCGAUGACCUCCAGCUCUUCCUCCAGUGCGAUAGGGCAAACGGCCUCUCUCUGUUCGACCUCACCUCUGGUGCCUCCCCUGCCCCUCCUGCUACUGCUGACAGCACUGUUCGCUCACAGUGGGCCACACGCGAUGCUGCUGCCCGUCUUGCUGUGCGUCGCCACUUACCGACCACUGAGCGUGCACACUUUAGCCAGUACAAGAGUGCUCAGACCUUGGGUGUUCCCCUUCCCCCCUCUUGCCCUCUGUUGCUUCUCCUGCUGCGGCCGACCUCGUUGAAUUCGAGUCGGUCGGCGCUGCGUCUUCCCCUAGCGGGAGACGCCGCACCGGCAAGGGCAAGGGGGGCAGGGGCGCUGGAGGGGCUGGCGGGGGCGGCGGAGGUGGUGGUGGAGGCAGUGGAGGGGGUGGGGGUGGUGGUGGGAGUGGUGGCGGGGGUGGCGGCAGCGGCGGCAGCAGUGGAGGCGGAGGAGGCGGCGGUGGUGGCGGAGGGAGCGGAGGCGGCGGAGGUGGCGGAGGAGGCGGAGGUCGAGGAGGCGGCGGAAGCAACGGCGGCGGCGGUGGUGGAGUGGGUCGCUAAUCUGCUCAGAGGAGUGGGUCAGCGCAGUGGGGGUACUCGUCCCUGCACUAACGUCCUCCGUACCGGCGACCGAGCUGGUGAGCAGUGCGGGGGCCCGCAUUCCACCGAGCGCUGCUUCGGCCGCCUGACGGACGCGUGGCGUCACCAGUUCCCUGAGGCGUCAGAGAUCCCUCGCUGGGGAGAUCUGUCUAGGGCGGGGGUUGCCAUCUUUGAUCUCGACUAUGAUGCUAUCCUUGCUGCCAUGUAUGCUGUGAUUACUAGUGUUGAGGGUGACUGUUACCUGUCUGUACCACCUGACCCGGGCAUUGUGGCUACUGCUCUAGGUGCUGGUUAG